AUGCUCCCAACUCCAUCAACAUCGCAUGUGGCCUUCGACACAAUAUACGAGCCAGCAGAAGACAGCUAUCUCUUUCUUGAUACCCUAUCAGAUCUCGACGAGGCGUCGUGGCUAUCUGAACGGUUUAAUUCCGGAAGCUCUGGUCAGAGAAAUGGCCUUAACCCUCCCAGUGCGAAUUCUCCGUCGCCGAUAAUCCUCGAAGUCGGCACAGGAUCUGGCGUCAUCCUUGGGUUUAUUGCUGCCAACUGCAAGACAAUCCUAGGCAGAUCGGAUAUACUAACUAUAGGCACUGAUGUGAACAUGAAAGCCUGCAGUGCAACGCGGCAGACUGUUAAAGUUGCUGUGAUGGACAAACAUUCAGAGGAGAAUUAUAGAGCCUCGCCCCUUGAUGAGAACGGGGUUGAAAGUUCUACCAAUUCUAGAAGACCAAAGCCGCUACAGCCAUUGGCUGUGAUAACCGGAGAUCUAUGUUCUCCAUUCCAGCCUGGAAUCGUGGAUGUUCUACUAUUCAAUCCUCCAUAUGUACCGACACCAGACCUUCCACAUCUUCCUUCACCAUCAGAUACCGCUUCCAGCUCUACUAAAAUGUCAAAAUUCGAAAUGGAGUCUUAUCUCCUAUCUCUCACCUAUGCUGGAGGUGAAAACGGCAUGGAAACUACAAAUCGUUUAUUAGACUCGAUCCCUCAUAUCUUGAACUCCGAGCGUGGGAAUAAACCCCAUGAAAUCAUUGAUCGAAUUAAGCAGUGGGGGGACGGCUGGAAGGCCGACAUUGUAGGCAGAAGUGGCGUGAAAGCUGGCUGGGAGCGACUAGUGAUACUCAGGAUAUGGAAGGAUUGA